ACCCACAGUUCCUCACCCACAGUUCAAUCUUAACUCAAACAAAGCUCCAAAAUAUACUCUCUUCAAGAAUGGAAACAAAAUUUCCCCAAUCGACUUCCUCUUUUUUCAGCCCCAAAUCUUAACUCCUGCAAAUUUAAACGUUUUUACUUGAUCAAAUCCCAGCUAGAGUCCUAAUCAUUACAAAAACAGAAUUCGAGCAAGCACGGAAUUCUGUCCACAAAGCACUCGUCUGAGACGAAGCUUCAAUCACUGGUGACGAGUCCGACGCGGACUUAUAGCUGGAAAAAGGCGAAAGAGUUGGAUCCUAGUCGCCAGUAAAUGGGUCGAUAUACCGGGUUGAGAUCUGACUGUUUCUGAUCUGAUUGUGUCUGAUCUAAUUGGAUUUCUUGAUUGAACAAGGAAGAAGGAACGGCAUAGGAACUACGAUAUCACUGCCAUCUCUUUUUCUUUCCACUAAAACCAAUCGAUGUUAACAGAGUUAGAGUCGAGUUAAGUUUUGUUGAGUGGAUCUCCACGUGUCACUUACUUAUUGUUGGCACAGGUUUGGUAUAGGGAAAUCCGGAACAGUGAUUUACUCCCGGUCACCAAAGCCCUAGCUUUGACACCAAUCACUCACCGCUCUCUGUCUCUCUGACUACACGGCGAUACAAAAGCAGGUUAUUCACAUUAUUUCAUUCUUGGUGUCGAAAAGACUGAUAAUCUUACAAUAGCUGUGUACCCUGCAUGAGUCCAGAUUACUGAAAAACAUUACGACUUUGUCUGUUUGGAGUUUUACUCGAUUCCAAUAGCUCUACCCCUACCUAUUAGAAGUACCAGAAACCAGAAAAUGGCAGGGGAAGAAGAGGACUUGCCGAGAGAUGCAAAGAUUGUGAAGACGCUGCUAAAGUCAAUGGGAGUGGAGGACUAUGAGCCUCGGGUUAUUCACCAAUUCUUGGAGCUAUGGUAUCGAUACGUGGUGGAUGUACUCUCUGAUGCUCAAGUUUACUCUGAACACGCAGGCAAGGGUUCCAUUGAUUGCGAUGAUGUCAAGCUUGCCAUUCAGUCCAAGGUCAAUUUCAGCUUCUCGCAGCCCCCUCCAAGAGAGGUUCUACUGGAGUUGGCCAGAAACAGGAACAAAAUCCCACUGCCAAAAUCCAUCUCAGGGCCGGGUGUGGCGCUUCCACCUGACCAGGACACCUUAAUCAGCCCAAAUUAUCAACUGGCAUUCCCAAAGAAACAAGCAGCUCAACCAGUUGAAGAAAUGGAAGAAGAUGAAGAAGCUGUUGAACCCAAUCCACCCCAAGAGCAGAAGCCUACCGAUCUGCCGCAGAAUACACCCCACAGGGUAUCUUUCCCCCUUGUGAAACGCAACAACUGAGGCUACACAUGGUAUGUCAUCCAAGAAGCUGCAGUUGACUUUGGACUAGAGAGGCCAGAGCAAAACUAUUGCAAACUCAUAAUAUAUGUUCAUCUGUAAUUGAUUGUUAUACAUGUACUAGAAUUUUAAACAUCAUAUGCGUUUUUUUGUUGUUGUUGUUGUUGUUGGAGAAACGAAAAAAACAUCAUGUGCGUUACUUCUGGUAUCUGUUCCGUUU